CCCACGCCGGUUCGAUUUUCGACCGCUAGGUGCCGAACUAGGGGGAAGCUCCAAAAAGGUAGAAAAGCAAAAGCGUCUCAAGUUACCCUUGCUGUCCCAAGUUACCCCGGUUUACGUCACUUCAACCAGAACACCGAGUGAAGAGCCAGAGAAAGAGAUCGCAAUGGAGCCGAACUCUGCGGGCCAGCCCGUGAAGCCGAAACAUCAGCGCAAGCGGGUAGCCUCCAACAGCCAGCCGCAGACCGCGGGCGAGCCCAAGACGACGACUGUCAAGGCAUUCUCUCCGCCAUCAGGUACUGAACAGCUCGUUCGACCGAAGUCGCGGGCCAAACGGAAGGCAGUCGAGCAUUUGGUUCCAGAACAUCUGACGGAGACGACGUCGAAGCCGAAGCAAGAAACACGCGCGGGUGAGCCAUCUUCCGACCUCGCGAAACCUGCUAAAGCGCAGCCUCGUGGCAAAGGCAAGGCAGUCAAGGCAGCCGCCGCAGUGGAUCCUACCGAAGUGGCCAAACCUAAAGGUAAAGGCAGCGCAAAAGUUGUAAGCACCGUGAAAGCAGCCAAGCAUGUCACCGAGAACGCCAAGAAGCCAUCCACGCAACAAGCGGCUGCCAAACGGCCUCGCAAAGACCAGGCACCAGGCAAGGCCGGUUUAGGCCAUGCGCGCUCUCGAGCACUGGAAUCCGAACGCACUGCUGUUUUGGAACCUUCACGCGAUGGACCUCUGAUCACCAAGAUGGCGGACCGGGGCUCCGAGCCAGGCACUUCCAAGCACCUUGAGAGCGUCCCCGAAAUCGCCUCCGCAAGGGCCAAGCCGAAGCUGAACCCUCGACCGCUGAAGUUUGGGACAGUUGGGAGGACCAAAGCUGAUGUCCAACGGGGUUACCAUGUCGACGUGCCACCGCCUUACCGCAUCAGGAAGCGGACGAAGGGUGCAAGUGGCCUCACCGCAAGCAAUAAGGGAAGGCCGUGGUGCGCGAACUGCGCUGCCGAGGCGACGGCGGGCUGCGCGGCCCACGAGCUGCUGAGCGUGGCCGAGGCUCGCCGGCGGGUGGCGGCUGCGCUGACGGCCGCUGAGCGCGCCAUGCGGCGCCUGGACGCGCUGGAGCUGCGGGAGGGGCCUCGCCUGGCGUGCACGGCGGAGCUGGAGGGCCACGGCCGCAACAAGGUCGUCGUGACCCUGAGCGCCUGCUGCGGCGACCUCGCGGCCGGCGAGCGCGACGCGCUGUGUGCCUUUCUUGCUGACUUGACGCUGUGCCCGGAGGACACGCACCUGGCGGCCGACGACGACGACGAGGAUGACGAUAAGGACGACGACGAGAGGAAGGCGACGGCGGUGGCCGUGGCGGCCGUCUGGGCCAAGCUUCCGGAGCGACCACCCGGCGUCAAGCUGCAACCGGGGGCCGUGCUGGUGCUGGGCGAGGAAGACGUCGCCGAGGACGUCCCCGGGCCGAAAGGAGCCGCUGGCUUUCCGCGGCUCGCCACCAUGGCCGCCAGGAAGACCGCCAGCGUCCAGCCGCUCGCCGCGUCCGAAGUGAGUUUCGAUGAGUCCGAGAGCAGCGACGAUGAGGACGACGACGACGGCAGCAGCUCCUGUUCAAGCGAGACCGGUUCUUCAUCAGACGCGAGCAACUCACCCGGCCAGCCCGGCCCCGCGGUGCGCGUCUACUACGACGCCGCCGUGCAGCCCCACCAGGCCAGGGGCGCCAAAGUGCUGGGGUACAUCACUGGCAACCUCGAGUUCAUUGCCUGCGCCAAGCCGGAGGAGGACCUCUGGGGCCGCAGCGGUCGCUCCGGAGGACGCCGCGUGCACCUGUCUGAAGCCAAGUUCAUUGACGAAUGAUUCCCCUGUUGCGUCCUCGAACACUGUUUUGUUUUCGUUUGCUGUGUGAAAGCGAUGCCGAGUGCCGUGCCACCUGCAGUUGCUGUGCAUUUUACCCCUUGUGUAUCGAAUAGGUCAAAGCUGAUAGCUGAUAGGGGGCCGUACCCAUAU